CCCACUGCACUGCGGCCACUGCCAGUACUCCGCCGGACCAUCAUGGACGCCGACGACUCCUCUUCCGCAUCCUCAUCCUCACCGCCGGUGUCUCCCGCCGACCACCACCACCACCACAGCCUGCCCCCGAAGCGGCGUGCGGGGCGGAAGAAGUUCCGGGAGACGCGGCACCCGGUGUACCGCGGCGUGCGCGCGCGCGGCGGGGGCACCCGGUGGGUGUGCGAGGUGCGGGAGCCGCAGGCGCAGGCGCGCAUCUGGCUCGGCACCUACCCGACCCCGGAGAUGGCCGCGCGCGCGCACGACGUCGCCGCCAUCGCGCUCCGCGGCGCCACCGCCGCCGACCUCAACUUCCCGGACUCCGCGCACGCGCUCCCGCGCGCGCGCACCGCCGCGCCCGAGGACAUACGAUGCGCCGCCGCGCAGGCCGCCGAGCUCUACCGCCCUUCCUCUUCCUCUUCUUCUUAUUCCGCCUCAUCCGGCCUGCUGCAGCAGCACGCCCGCCGGACGAUCACCCCGCCGCCGCCGGAGGUUUCUUCUGCAUGCUGCUGGACGACCAGUACGGGGACCCGAUCAGCCGGCGGAGGAGGAGAUAGCAGCACGGCGGCUAGCUGCUACGGCUUCCUGGACGAGGACGCUAUAUUUGACAUGCCCGGGCUCAUCGACGACAUGGCCAGAGGGAUGCUGCUCACGCCGCCGGCCAUGGGACGGGGCGCCCUGCUUGACGACGACCACCAUAGCCACGUGGACUGCACGCUCUGGAUGGUGGACUGACGAUGUGAUGACGAUCAUUAUAUAUUUAUUAUUGCCACGCAAACCUACGGAUGUUUAAUCUGAAAACAUCUACCGUACCACCGAUUAUACGCGCGCUUUAUUGCAAAUAAGUUUUUUUUAUUUAUUUUCAGGCCCUGUUUGGUAAUUAGGGUAUUAUUAUACUCCCCUAAUCUUACAGUAGUUUUUUUUUCUUUCGAGGUGUAGUAUUAAAAAAAAAUUAGUCCUAGUUUUUGUUGUGGUCAGUUUCAUUGAUGCCCGGCCACUUUCAUUCGGAGCUCCACCACAAGAGAUGUCUAAAACAACAUACCUAUGUUGUGAACGUGGCAUGGUCAAUUAAAUCUCAGGUUUCAAUCUUUGUGUAUAUCAAUUUGUUUCUACGGCGGUUCGUCAAUUUAUAAGAGGCAUGCAUAUAUAUAUAUGUAUUAUGCUUAUGUUUAUAGGGGUAGCUUUGAUCUUCAUCUAUCGUGUGUUUGCCAAAAAGAAAAGACCAAAUUAAUUCAUUAUAUAUAGUUUCCAGGACUUUUUCACCAUACACGCACUUGCUUAA